UAGUCCCCGCAGAUCAUGGGACGAUCUUAAACUUCGAGCACCUCCAAAAGUGUUUUGAGAUCUCCCGAAAUUGUAAAUGCAGCAGGGUCAGUAGGGGGAGAAAGUCGCCUUUGCAUCGGCAAACUGCAUGAACGAAUACGCACAAGCCAAACGGGUGUGCGUGAACGGGCAUAGGUAUGCGGUCGUCUCGGACCAUCCUGAGUCUUUCGCGCCGUUAGAAGAUGUGGAGCGGGUACUUGUUGGUAACCUAGAGGGAGCUCAAAAAGUGGACGAGUCCUUUAAAAUCAUAAAGGAGGCUCUAAAACGAUAUGGGCCAGACAAUGUGGCGCUCAGUUUCAACGGAGGAAAAGACUGUACAGUUCUCCUGCACUUGCUAUAUGCAGCACGACAAGCGUACGAACGAGAAAAUCCCAGUGGAAAGCGAACAAAAAUAAAGACACUCUAUGUUGCCUACACAAAUUCGUUUCCAGAGGUCGACGAUUUUGUAGAGUUCUGCGUCGACCGAUACAAUCUGGAACUGGUAAAAAUGUACGGACCCAUGCGGGCUGGGCUGCAAGUCUUUCUAGAUCGAUAUCCAGAGACGAAGGCAAUGUUGGUAGGAACAAGACGAACAGAUCCUUUUGGAGAACACUUGCAGCCAUUUCAGAUGACAGAUCCGGAUUGGCCGACACUCAUGCGUGUACAUCCCAUCCUGGACUGGAAUUACGCAGACAUCUGGAAAGGACUAGCAAAUCUUAGAAUCCCAUACUGUAUUUUAUACGAUCUUGGAUACACUUCAUUAGGAGCAAUAGAUAAUACAAUUCCAAACCCUGCAUUAGUCAACCCGUUACAAGCAUGUGGAUUUGACCCAGCUCAUCGGCUAGCGGAUGGCUGUCGAGAGAGGGAGGGUAGAAAAAAGAGAGAAUCAUAGACAAUCGCUAUCAAAUGAGGUUGCGUUGGCAUUGCAAACUUGAGUGCUUUUCCAUCACUUCAGCCAAAUAUCCAUUAGGACACGUUCGUUCCAUCAAAAGUAUAUCCGUAACAUAUCAAGCCAUA